UCACACACACACCAAAUAAUUUGAAGCAUGAGCAAGGGGUAGUCCAUUGUGCCUGUCACUCGUAUGGCUCUGUAAGGUAUGUCAAAUAUUUUGAGCACACAGGCUUACAACAGGGGUUGGCAGGGCUAUGUCACUAAUAGCCUACUCCAGAAACUGGCUUCACCAAUAGGACAUCUGCAGAAAAGUUAAAACAACUGCUGACAGUCUCUCCUGUCCUCAACUUGGUAUGGGAUUAUCAAUAAAAUACAUUUGCGGCAAAAUCUGGACGCCUAAAGGUGGUCUCAGCAACCCUGUGUGACGCCCUCUGUGAGUGGUGGCGGGCACAGAGUGUCCUCAGGGAGGAUGUUUCUCUGGACAGGAAGUAAAGGAGCUCAGGGAUCAGGAGGUGAGAGAAGGACUAUUUAUCAGAAGGUUCGGGAGUAUGACGUGCUAGACAAGAGGAAGACAGUGACAGCACUGAAGGCUGGGGAGGACAGAGCUAUACUCCUCGGACUCAGCAUGAUCCUUUUCUCUGUGAUGAUGUACUUUGUACUGGGCAUCACCAUGGUGCGCUCCUACUCAGACAGUGUGUGGACGGAGGAAUCCAGCUGCGCUGUACUCAACUCCACCAUCGUGGCGGAGAUUAACUGUACCUACAGCUGCGGCUCCGAGUGCUGGAAAAGCUCCAAGUACCCGUGCCUACAGGUGUUUGUCAGUCUCAACACAUCUGGGAAGGUUGUCCGACUCUCCCACAACGAGGAGGCACAGGACACCAACCCAAAGUGCUUCUAUGUGCCCAAAUGUCGGAAGGACUACAACGCGAUGCACAACGUAAUCAUGAACAUCUCAGAGCGUCUGAAAACACAGCAGCAGGUGUUGUGUUACACAGACCCAGGUGAACAGCAGGACAGUGCUCUACUGACACGCAUCUAUGGCCGAGUGGCAGUGUUCCAUUCACUCUUCUGGCCCACCUGCACCCUCAUUGGUGGAACCAUCAUCAUUGCCAUGGUGAAGCUCACCCAGUACCUGUCCAUCAUGUGUGAACAGGUGGGCAGGAUCAAAAGGUGAGCGACAGGGCACAUAGGACAGGGGCCAGACUACAGUAGCAGCACUGGUCUUCAUUCGCUCCCUAGGAACUUUAUGAAAACUCUUCAUGUUCCAUUUGCUCUAAAGAGAGCUGAGAGCUGAGUGAUAGAGUGACAGGGGAUCUGGCGGGUUAUAUUCCUCACAUGAUUCCUCUGGUUCUUCUGAGGAAAGCAAUAUGACUGAUGUGUGCUUCCGGCAGCUGUGGCAAGGCAAGUGAAACUCAAUGACUUUGGGGCACACAGAUUUGGUCCUUUUAUGCACCUAUACAAGUGGUACAAUCAUACAAGGUGAUUGCUUUAAAGAAGUGGCCAACAAUGGACCUGAUCUGCCCUUGAACCCAAGUCAGCUUUGGUGAUCCAUUCACACCGUGAUGACAAGGCAGUGACGACAAGGGAGUUUGACCGAGACAACUGUGUCGAAGCCUUCCCCAAAAUACAUCCAAACUUGGCUCCUCACGGUACUGGUGUUGGGUAGAGGGUUACACAACCCCAGGCGGCUGGGACGAGUCUGGUCCUCUAAGCAAGCUGUUGACUAUCUAUGUUGUACUCCUGGGUCUGUAGAGACUUCAUUCCAAGCGAACAGUUCAAGAUCAACACUUUCUUGAAGUAUGGUGUAGCAGUAAUCACAUAUCACAAUAGGUGUUAGUCACUAGGACGCUUAAGUACAAUGCAACUUCCCAGGGCAAGUGGUCAAUACAAAAUGCCUUAAUUUCAGGUCCCAACACUGUGGUAGAUUGCUCAGAGUUUCAGAAAUGAAUUCUACAGGACUUUCUCUGAAUGGGGUAAACAUACUGUGAGGCCAACUACGUUUUCAGGGCCUGGAGCACAAGCCCAUAAUGGAUGUGAGUCAUGGUGUGUUUUACCACAAAUAUUUACAGAAUGAUGAUUGAUUGAACACAUUCAGACCAAACUAGAUACAAAUGUCAACAUUUCAUUCUUGGUUCCAUAAUCGCUAUUAUUAGUUUGUUAUUAUUUUGCUGUCACAAUCAUCUCAUGUUGUCAUCAGCAGUUUAUCCAUGUCUAUAAUGUGCUACGCUAUUGACUGUUUGACUUGCUUUCUUAUCAAUUAAUGCAAACCAAUGUAAAUGCAAUUUUGUCUUGCAUUAAUAAAUUAAAAGGCAAACUCAGCAAUUACAGUA